AGCGCUGGGCGGGAGGAAGUGUCUGUUGGAGGGCGGUGGAAGCGUGGCAGUCCUGGCGGGGACCCCCCAUGGCUUCCUGGGGUCCCACCGCGGUGCUCUUGAUGGUUCUGCCGCUGGUGCCGGCCCCUGGGCUGGGGGGAGCCGUCGCCGAGGACGGCGAUUGGGUGAAGCUGCCCAGUAAAUGCGAAGUGUGCAAAUAUGUGGCUUUAGAACUGAAAUCUUCUUUUGACGAAACUGGCAAGACCAAGGAGGUGAUUGACACAAAGUAUGGUUUCUUGGAUGGCAGAGGAUCUAAACUAAAGUACACAAAAUCGGAUAUUCGCUUAAUUGAGGUGCAAGAAAACAUCUGCAACAGGUUAUUGGAGUACAACCUGCACAAAGAGAGGACAGGAAGCAACCGUUUUGCAAAGGGCAUGUCUGAGACAUUUGAAACUCUUCAUAACCUGGUGCAUAAAGGAGUGAAAGUGGUGAUGGACAUCCCUUAUGAGCUUUGGAAUGAAACCUCUGCAGAAGUGGCUGACCUUAAAAAACAGUGUGAUACAAUGGUGGAGGAAUAUGAAGAUGUUAUUGAAGACUGGUACAAAAACCACCAGGAAGAAGACAUCUCCCAGUUCUUCUGUGCAAAUCACGUUCUGAAAGGAAAAGACACCAGUUGUUUGACAGAGACUUGGAGUGGCAAAAAAGGGGACAUGGCACCUUCAGGGCAGAAGAAAACUAAGAAAAAAGAUGGCAAAACCAAGAAGUCUACAAAAACUAAAAAAAGGAACAAGGACACCGUUGAGCAAGAAAUGGAGAAUGUGGAGCCAGGUGCAAAGGAGCCCCUUGAUCAAGUGGAGGCAGAAGGGAACAUUCAGAAAGUGGCUCCACUUUCUCACAAAGCCGAUGAAUUGUAGGCUCUUCCCCUCCCGCUUCCCUUGUGUGUGGGACUGCAAGCCUGUAUUCAGGCCAUCGAGAAUUGCUUUAGCCUGCUCGAAUUGCAGGAUGGAGACUGACUUACUCGGUGGGAAGAUAUUUUAGUAUAAGUCUUUUCCUGAGGGGCAGUGAUCAUGGCCACUUGAACUGUAGCUCUCCAGUGUUAUUGUGUGCAGUUGUACCUUCAACAUCACACGUGCAGGGUGGGUAGAAAUGAGCUAGCCUCUUGUGUGCCCAGGGGGGAUGGAGCUAGACAGAAAGCUCUUUCUAUAGAAGGUGGGAUGAUGGUUACCUGAACGAGGCUUACCCUCGAAGGCUGAGUUUUCCAGCUAUGUUGCUUCCCCCCUCUUGACUUGCCAAACAUAGCUGUGCAGUAAGAGUUAAGGCAAGGUAUAAGAACAUCUUUUUUGAGACAGUAUUCACCAGUACCUUUUGGGGGGGUUAUCCUAAGGCUUGAGGAGUGAAUUGGUGGAAAUCAGUGCAACCGGAUAUAUAAGUACUGUCAUUUUUUUAAAAAACAGCACUGGAUAUAAGAGAGGAAAAUGUGAUCCUCCAGGUGCUCAUUUUUCUAGCUGGGGUACAAGAUUUGGUCAAGAUAACUUGCCAGCUAUAACUUGGUACAUUCCCAAAAUCGGUUCCUUAAAAAGUGGACAUUGGUUCUACCGUUUGAAAUCAUGCAGAUAAUGGAAUUUACCUAAUGGAAAGUGAGGGUGAAGGUUCUACCGAGGCAACAAAGGGCAUUGUGCUUUUGUUGCCAUUCCUUCGUUGGUGAGUCCUCUUCCCACCUUAUCAAGGGUUCAAUUCCCUAUAGCAGCUCCAGCCUGGAGACAGCUUGCACAUGUCUAUGAUACUUCCUCUCCCACCAUGUACCCUCUCAAAACCCUUUGCCUUCUGUUAUUGCAUUGAACAUCCUUACCAUAUGUUGGAGUACUGCAAAGAUUUGCAUAGCUAUUGUAUAAAACGAUUUGCAUAGCUUUUGCUCUAUUUAACCCAUGUGCUGGCUCUCCAUCUCUGUGCUGCAACAUGCACAGCUUUAUCUUCAGUUUAUGCAAUGAUGUGUUCCUAUCCAUUUUUGUGACUCAA